UGAAAAUGGAAUGGGAAACAUUUAUUUAUAAAUAUUGAUAAUAAUUAACUAGUAUGCGAAAUGGCAGGUAAAAUUAACUUUAACAUUGGUGUUCUUGGUCACGUUGACAGUGGAAAGACCACUCUGUCAAAAGCGCUCAGCACGGUAGCAAGUACGGCGUGUUUUGACAAGAAUCCCCAAAGCAAGGAAAGGGGGAUUACUCUGGAUUUGGGAUUUUCCUCAUUUUCUGUUGACACACCUGCAAGAUUGAAAGAAUGUGGAGUAGAAAGUGAUACAGUGCAGUAUACACUGGUUGAUUGUCCAGGCCAUGCCAGUCUCAUCAGAACUAUUAUUGGAGGUGCCCAGAUCAUUGAUCUUAUGAUGUUGGUGGUCGACAUCGUCAAGGGUGUUCAGACACAGACAGCCGAGUGCCUAGUCAUCGGGGAAAUCCUCUGUAACAAAAUGAUCAUUGUUCUCAACAAAGUCGAUCUCGUUCCACCAGAGAAAAAACAAGCUACAGUUGAUAAGAUGAAGAAAAGAAUGUUGAAAACACUUGAGAAGACUCGUUUUGCAGACAGUCCCAUAAUAGCAGUGGCAGCUAAACCAGGGGGAGCCGAGUCGCCCGACUCGGAGGCUGAAGGUAUCAGUGAGUUGAUUGAUGUGAUUAACUCACAGACAUAUCUGCCCGACCGUGAUCCAUCAGGUCCGUUCAUUUUCGCCGUCGAUCACUGUUUCUCCAUCCGAGGGCAGGGAACCGUCAUGACCGGCACGGUGCUCAGUGGGAGUGCAGCUAUCAAUGAUAAUCUGGAGAUUCCGUCACUGAAAGUACAGAAGAAAGUGAAGUCCAUUCAGAUGUUCAAGAUGCCAGUAGACAAAGUGAUUCAGGGAGACCGUGCAGGGAUUUGUGUCACCCAGUUUGAUCCUAAACAGCUUGAACGAGGUUACGCAUGUUCCCCUGGUGCGCUGCCAACUGUCCAUGCAGCUAUCAUUGACAUCCAUAAGAUUUCAUAUUUCAAAGGUGCCUUAACAACAAAAUCCAAAUUCCACAUUUCUGUCGGCCAUGAUACAGUCAUGGGUCGCUUGUUUUUCUUUGGUCUGAUGCCUGGACAGCAGGUAACUAAUGACAAAAAUUCAUCUUUUGAUUACAAUUUGGAAUACAAAUACCAGGAUGAAUAUCUAGUGGCAGAAAAUGGUAAAGGAGGUGAAGGGGAGACCACUCUAAUAAAGCAGUAUGCUCUAAUAGAAUUGGAGAAGCCAGUCACAUGUUCCUCUACCUCUUUACUCAUUGGUUCAAAGUUAGAUACUGAUAUCAAUGCAAAUACCUGUAGGUUAGCGUUUUAUGGACAGCUGUUGGAGAUCUUCACCGAUCCAGCAUACACAACCAAAGAUUUGCCAAAGCUCAAAGUGUUCAAGUUGAAAUCGCGUGAAGGACUGGUUGAUCGAGUGAUGGACGAAUAUUCUCUGAUUUGUAAGAACCUCUUCAAGAAGGAGACGAACAUUGAAGCCUUCAGUGGGAUGAAGGUUGAGUUAUCGUCUGGUGAACACGGAGUCAUAGAAGGCGGAUUUGGUCAGAGUGGGAAAAUAAAGAUUAGAGUAGCUGAUGGUAUAAAUCCUUCAACAGCAGAAAGAUAUGCAGGAGUGAAGAAACGAAAGGGGAAAGGCAAGCAGACAGAAGUGGAGGAAACUGCUGAAGAAACCCACGCCGAACCUAUCCGAGUAAUCCUGUCUUUCAAAAGAUACGUUUAUGAUCCUCAGAAAAAGAUGAAGCAGACAUAACAAAUAUUGCAGUGGUUCAGAGUUAAAAACACACCAUCAGGAUCGUUUUUAAUGCUGAGACAUAUCAAAUAUAUUGUCCUGUCUUGUUUUGAAAGUUGUAGCCUUGUUUGGCUUCUGGCAAGUUCGGUGGUGUGAGAUGUGUGCCUUUACAGCUGUGGUCGUCUUUUGCAUAAAUGAAAGUAUAGUUUUUAAAAGAAGCAAAUGUGAUAAAUAUUCUAGUGUUGUAGAGUUUGCUCAAGCAGAUAUAAUAUUCCACUAUCCUGUUGUUUGAUGUGAUACAUACCAGUAUUCGGGCCUCAAAACAGCCUGUGGCCAGGUCGCUAAAUGCAACCAAUGUCCUGUGUGGGCGACUUAAAUAUUAAAAAAAUAAUGGCAUUAGUCACCCAAAUAAUAUUAUGUGGCGAUCUUCUUUAGAGCUAUAACAUAUGAGCCACUAUUAAUAUUUAUAUUCCACAUUAAAAUCUUCUUUUACCAUAAUUUGCCAACAUUCAUUAUUUUUUGGCGAGUUUCGAGCCCUGCCAGUAUUCCAAUGCUAUCACCUAUUUUCAUAUCCUUGAUAUAUGAAAACCUUGCUAAAAAGUACUAUUAGCCUUAUUCCCCAAAAUGAUACCAUAAACCCUAUUGGUUCAUGGACCAAUAGUGAAAUAUGUAACAUAGUGUUGGUGCUAAGAGUCGAUGUUCCAGUGAUGAAUUAUAACUGAACAAUAAUCAGUUGAGCUCUACCAAUGUGAUUAUCACAACAGAUUGUCACUAAAAAUGUCAACUGUAAUUGUUUCUAUAAUUUGGAAGAAGGAAGGAAGGAAAUGAUUUAUUUAACGAUUGCACUCAACAUAUUUUAUUUACGGACAUACGGACCACACAGAUAUUGAGAGAGGAAACCCGCUGUUGCCACUUCAUGGGCUACUCUUUUCAGUUUGCAGCAAGGGAUCUUUUAUAUGCACCAUCCCACAGACAGGGUAGUACAUACCAUGGCCUUUGUAAUACCAGUCGUGGUGCACUGGCUGGAACAAGCUAUAAUUUGGAUGAUGGAAUUAAUGUCAGUGUGUUGAUGUUUGGGAUUGUUUUCACGUAUAUGUAUAUUAAGAAUUUAAAUGGAAAAUGAAUAGGUAUUAAAGGUAAAAUUAGCAUAAUGUAGGGUUUGUCCAUGACCAUGACAAUAGGUACAUGGUCCUAAUAAUUGAAACCCUUAAUUUUACAUAAUUCUUAGCAAUUGUAUAAUCGAAAAUUGAUCUUUUGCUGUAAACGGAUUAUAACUGAUGAUCGAUGAUGAGAUUCCAACGGAUUCUCAACACUUAAUUCAGAGCUCACCAUGGGAAAUGUUUUCGUUUAGCCAAUUUUUUUAGAUAUACUGAGUAUUUCCUUACAAAAUUAUUAAUUUUAACAAAUUUUUAGUAGCCAAGUGCUAAAUGUUGUAAUCACUUUGUAUAUGAUUUUCAACGGACUAAUUUGGCUAUUGGUAGGGUGAGCCAUCAUCAUAGCUCUGAUCACAAUUCAAACCUGUCUGUUGAAAGGCUUACAGAACAGACUGAAGUAAUACAAUAAUAGUAUAUUAGAUUGUCUCCCAUGGUUAUCUGAUUUUGUAUAAUUUAUUAUGCGUGUACCGGUAUUAUAAAUAGAAAAAAAGGAAGGAAAGGUUUUAUUUAAUGAUGCACUCAGCACAUUUUAUUUACGGUUAUAUAGCAUUGGGUUAUAAAUAGAAAAGGGCUUUUAUAUAUAAUUAUAUUUAUUUUUUGGCUUUCAUAAUUUUGAAAGAAAAUAUGUUAUUUACUUCUUUUGAAUUGAAUUAAACUUUUUAUUUCAAAUUCUGGUAAUGCAAAUUUCAUUCUAUAUUGUAAAUGUAUAUGUUAGUUUUCACAUAAAGAAGGGCGGGUUUUUUUUUAGGAAUAUACAUAUUACAUUUGUGAUCAGAUAGUUUUUGAAUUUCAGAGAUUGGCUUCAUGUUUGUACUGUAAACAAAGAUCUCUUAGUGACUCUGCUAGACAACAAAGCAUCCUCUUUGCAAGUCUUUUAGCAUUGCACUGCGAGAUUGCAAAGUUGCGAGAAUUUAGUGAAUUGAGCCCCUGUAUGUUUAUGUAGAAAACAAUUGUUUUGUCUUCUUGUUUUUUUUUUAUUUGAAAGAUGAUUCAAAAUUGAUUUGAAUUUAGCACUUAAAUGUCCUGUUCUCGCCAGCCAAAUUCCUUUUUCAAAGACUGGAAUGUGAAUGUGGUUAGCAGGAGACGAAAGAUAGGACCAGAUAAGGAAGAAAUGAGAGAAAGGAAAGGGAGCAGUGUGAUUGAAUUGUUUUAAUUCUUAAAAAGUAUUUUCGAACCAGCCAAAAUAUACUACUCAACUUUUGCUAGAGAUGUAUUAAGUAUAUAUCUUGAUAAAUAAUUUAUUAACAUUUUAAAAUUGUGCAAAAUAUAAUCAAUGAAACUAUGUAGUCUGGAUGUUCUGUACAUAACCAUAGAAAUACAUGGCUACAAUUAUAUAUGUUGUCCAUCGAACACAAUAAAUGCAGUUGCUUUACUUGUAACAUGUUGUCCAAACAUCCUUAGGAAAAGUUCAGUAGUAUGUAUUUGAAGUGGUCGCUUAGGGAAAAUGCUGAGAAAACAUUAAAUAUUUUAACUAAAAA